AGGACAAAAAAAGUCUUGCUUUCGAGUGGGGAGUUGUGGAGGAGAGGAGUUUCAUUUUUACCUGAGUUUCUGUGUCGCCCAAAUAAACCUGGACAAUGCCAAUGACAGAACAACAAGCAGAUGCGAGGUCUUACCUCAGCGAGGAAAUGAUCGCUGAGUUUAAGGCCGCAUUCGACAUGUUUGAUGCUGAUGGCGGUGGUGAUAUCAGCACCAGAGAGUUGGGACAGGUGAUGAGAAUCCUGGGGCAAAACCCCACCAGGGAAGAACUGGAUGCCAUCAUUGAGGAAGUGGAUGAAGAUGGAAGUGGCACCAUUGACUUUGAAGAGUUCUUGGUGAUGAUGGUGCGCCAGAUGAAAGAGGAGGCAAAAGGAAAAACUGAAGAAGAGUUGGCAGAGUUCUUUCGCAUAUUUGACAGGAACGCUGAUGGUUUCAUUGAACGGGAUGAGCUUUGGGAAUUAAUUAAAGAAGCUGGAGAGCACAUCACAGAAGAGGAAAUUGAUGAACUCAUGAAGGAGGGUGACAGAAACAGCGAUGGCAAACUAGACUUUGAUGAAUGGGUGAAAUUGAUGGAAAAUGUCCAGUAAAUGAACAACAUUCCUCAACAACCAUCAGCAUCUCAUUUCUUCAGAAACCUUUUAAAAUGUCAUCUUCCAUCUCCUGCUCUGCAAAAACCAUUACUUCUGGCUUUCGGCUCAGCCUCUCUUCAAGAUCACAUUUAAAUAAAUUAGAACACAUAGCUUACUGUACAGUAUCUCGUCCCACAUUUCUCAUGCUCUUCUGUAGCUAACCAAUCAUCAGACAUUUGAAAGGAAUGUGAUCGCUGCAUCAAAUGCAAAAUUAGACAUAAUUGACCUAUACUCUGAAAUUGCUAGCAUUGUCGCUACAAUUCACCCCUGCAGAGGAAGAAGCAACAUUCUAUGUACGAAACUCUUAAUGAUUUUGCCAGCAGUCUAGAACACAGUACCACAUAUUCCAAACCUUUUCCCAAUAAAAUUAAUGUCAUUUUUUCA